AUGUCGCAAGACCAUAGACAACUUACCUCAGAUAUUGUCUCUCACUGCAUCAGAGAUCUGGUUAACACCGACCCAUCAAUUAAGGUAAAGCUCAUAAUUUCUCAUAUAACAGGAAAGUAUGGUUAUAAUAUAUCUUACAGGAAAGCGUGGAUUGCAAAGGUAAAGGCCAUAGAAUCCUUGUAUGGAAACUGGGAGACAUCUUACAAUGACCUUCCACGAUGGUUAUUGGUAAUGAAAACAUAUCUUCCUGGAAUGAUAAUAGACUUGGAAACGUUACCUGCAUUUUCAAAUGAAGGAAGCCAGUUGGGUGAUAAGAUGGAUGGGAAUGGUAACAUUUUUCCAAUUGCUUUCGCUAUUGUCGAGGGUGAAACCAAGGAUGCUUGGAGUUUUUUCCUUCGCAAUCUAAGAAGCCACGUGACACCCCAACCCAAUCUAUGCCUAAUAUCAGAUAGACAUCCAUCGAUUAAAAGUGCCUAUGAUGAUCCUGCAAAUGGAUGGCAAAAUCCUCCGUCUUCACAUGUCUAUUGCAUUAGGCAUAUCGCGCAAAAUUUUAUGCGUGCGAUUAGAGACAAGGAACUACGUAAAAAACUCGUCAACAUGGGAUAUGCAUUGACGGAGUCAACGUACAACUACUAUAGAACCGAAAUUCGUCAGACAAAUAGAGAUGCUUUGGAGUGGAUUGAAAAUAUCCCUAGGGAGAAGUGGGCAAGGGCGUUUGAUAGAGGGCAACGAUGGGGACACAUGACGGCUAACCUUGCAGAAGCAAUGAACUCUGUGCUAAAGGCAAUCAGAAACCUUCCAAUAGCGUCUUUGUUUUCGGCCACAUAUUUUCGGAUGGGAGCAUUAUUUGGUCAACACGGACAUGAAUGGACAAAGAGGUUGACAUCAGGCCAAACUUUUACAGACAAAUGUAUCAAGGGGAUGACUGAAGAAGUCAACAAAGCAAGCAGUCAUAAUGUUUAUCAGUUUGACCGGGAGAGGUUCUAUUUUAUGGUGGCCGAAAGAAUAAACCGCAACGAUGGUCGACCAACUGGUACUUACGGUGUUGAUCUGCGAAAAAGAACAUGUGAUUGCGGAAAAUUUCAAGCGUUCCAUUUGCCUUGCUCACAUGUGAUUGCAGCAUGUGAAAGUAUACGCCAAGACUACACCAUUCACAUACCCGACGUGUUCAAGAUUCAACAUGUUUUUAAAGUCUACCAACAAAGCUUCCAGAUCCUCCCACAUCAAGACAAUUGGCCGCAAUAUAGAGGAGCUACUCUUUGUCAUGACGGAACUAUGCGUAGAAAAAAAGAGGUUGCCCAAAUAGUACUCGGAUUCGAACCGAAUUGGACGACAUGGAAAAGGAAAAGAGAAUGUGUGGGAUAUGCCGUGAAGUAG